AAAAGAUUGGCUUCUACAUAAUUAACGUUCGAUUACAGAGCAAGUACGCGAAAAGUACACAUUUAUUUCGUCGCCGUGCUAGGACAAGUAUCCUGUCAGUGGCCGUCCUCUGGCACCACUUGAAUAUAUGAGGAGGCACAAGUGAAAACCAAAACAAAGACUGUCACCCAAAAUAAACCCAUUUCCCUCUUCUCAUUUCCCAUUCCAGUCACAGAAGCUCAAACCACAUCCCUCCCGAAGGAAAACAAAACCUCUCUCACCGCUCGCUCAACUUUUCAACCGUAGCUCGCUCUUUGCGAAGGAAAGACUUAACAAGUUUUUAGGUCUAGUAGCUCCUAAAAAAACUCGCCAACCAAAAUGGCUGACGACGAAGUGCAAGCCCUCGUGGUGGACAAUGGGUCCGGUAUGUGCAAGGCCGGUUUCGCCGGUGACGACGCUCCGCGUGCCGUCUUCCCGUCCAUCGUCGGUCGCCCGAAGAUGCCCGGUAUCAUGGUCGGUAUGGACCAGAAGGACAGUUACGUGGGUGACGAGGCCCAGAGCAAGCGUGGUGUGCUCACCCUGAAGUACCCGAUCGAGCACGGUAUCGUCACCAACUGGGAUGAUAUGGAGAAGAUCUGGCACCACACCUUCUACAACGAGUUGCGUGUCGCACCGGAGGAGCACCCAGUGCUGCUCACCGAGGCUCCGUUGAACCCGAAGGCAAACCGCGAGCGCAUGACCCAGAUCAUGUUCGAAACCUUCAACUCCCCAGCCAUGUACGUCGCCAUUCAGGUACUACAUAAAUUUUUUGUAUGGUCUAACCCGUCGUCGGCUGUGCGCCGACUUUCUCACCUGUUUUGUUUUCACCAUCGCGUUGUAUGUGCGUGCGUGGAGUUUUUUGCUGCUACUGUCCAGAAAUUGAAAUUUGAAUUUCUAAGUCCACGAAGCAAGAAGUCCUUCGCGGUGAUUGGUAAUGUCGUCCUUGCAUUCAAUUAAACGCAGGCCGUCAUGUCCCUGUACGCUUCCGGUCGUACGACGGGUAUCGUGAUGGACUCCGGUGAUGGUGUGUCCCACACUGUCCCGAUCUACGAGGGGUACGCUUUGCCGCACGCCAUCCUGCGUUUGGACUUGGCCGGUCGCGACUUGACCGAGUACAUGAUGAAGAUCCUGACCGAGCGCGGUUACUCCUUCACCACCACCGCCGAGCGCGAAAUCGUUAAGGAUCUGAAGGAGAAGCUGACCUACGUCGCCCUGGACUUCGAUGCCGAGAUGAAACAGGCUGCGCAGUCCUCGGAGAACGAGAAGACCUUCGAGCUGCCGGAUGGCAACGUGAUCACGGUUGGCAACGAGCGCUUCCGCUGCCCCGAAGUGCUGUUCCAGCCCUCCUUCAUCGGAAAGGAGUCUUCCGGUAUGAUUUCAAUGAUUGUUUUCACACGAAGAAACUUGUCAUGCUAUUGCACAAGCACUUGACAUGACAUACUUGUCAUGCGUGAAGCAACUACAAGUCACGGAUGUUUAAUCUUGUCUCUCCCACUGAUCCACAGGUAUCCAUGACACGACCUUCCAGUCGAUCAUGAAGUGCGACGUGGAUAUCCGCAAGGAUUUGUACGCCAACGUUGUCCUGUCCGGUGGUACCACCAUGUACCCGGGUAUCGGUGAGCGCAUGACCAAGGAGUUGACCGCCCUCGCCCCGUCCACCAUGAAGAUUAAGGUCGUCGCGCCCCCGGAGCGCAAGUACUCCGUGUGGAUCGGCGGGUCCAUCCUGUCCUCCUUGUCCACCUUCCAGCAGAUGUGGAUCUCGAAGAACGAGUACGACGAGUCCGGCCCGACCAUCGUCCACCGUAAGUGCUUCUAAGCCGACCGCAUGGAGUCCCCGUCCGAUGUUGCGAUUGGGAUACGUGUCAAGACAAACAUGGCCAAUACAUUAAAUCCGAGCUACUUACUCGUGAGAUGAGUUUAUUUCCUCCUAGAGGUUGUGGAGUUUCGUAGAACUAUCAGAAGACAAACACACAGUUAUCGGUAUGUCACCACUCGUUGGUGUACUACAGACUUUUUAAUCACUACAGUAAAUUACAAACAAUUUCCAACUAAUUUUUGUAAUCCGCCUGUCCAUGAAUAUCCUUCACAGCUGUUGCGCUAGUACUUGCGGUCUCUGUCCGGGCGGGUUCAAUUGACUUGAUUCGUGCAGAGGCUUCGCAGGGAAAAAAUAGAUGUACGGAUUAUUCGUGCUUGACUUUUCAUGUAUCAAUCAGCUCUACUAAUAUCAAGGCGUCGACUAUUCAAUCUGUGUAUGGUUCGAUAUCUUCUCCUUCUUACGCCAAAACUACACUAGCGAUGAAGUCGUCCGGUAUGCUGCAGCUUUUUCAGCGCACUGGGACGUCUUUUUUGCCAAACGAAAAAUCUUUUUGAGGAAGGUAGGUACCCGCGUCUCAAAAUCAAGUCCAGCGGCGCCGAAAAUAUAUUUCGGCGUCGUUGGGAGUGAUACAGCGAUGUGGGGAAUCGACUAGGUUUUUCACUGUAGUUUUUGGCUAAAGCACUGACAACGGAAGCGGUCCUGCGAAAGUUGCGAUUAUUUGUGGAGGUUCUGCUAGAAGUAGCGACAGCUUUUCUCGUACACUCAUGGCGAAAAAGAAGGAUAUUGUCCGUGUGACAACGAGAUGUUGUUGGAACCUCUUUUGGUCUAGACUUGGACUUCGUUGUACGUUGAUACAAUCUGUACAU